GCAACCAGUUCAGUAUCGCGCACCUCGCGAUUCUGCUGGAGUGGAGCAGAAAGUAGCGUCACUUUCUUCAUCGUCACAAGGAACAGAACCAGAGUGACAGCUUUCAAACGUCCAGUUCUUCGUUUACAAUGUCGUUUCAAACACUUAUUGAAUAGACAUAACUAUUUUUUGUUAUUCUUCUACUUUGUUUUGACUCUCGAAAGCGGAGAUGAAGUACUGGCGGCAGUGCGCAUUGUGGCUGAUAAACUGCAAGGUGCUUCCUCCGACCCAUCGGGUAACCGGGGACAGUGCCCAGGUAUUUGACUUGGCUCAGACGCUCCGGGAUGGGGUGCUGCUCUGUCAGCUGCUCAACAACUUGAAACCACACACCAUCAACCUGAAGGAGAUUAACCUUAGACCACAGAUGUCUCAGUUCCUCUGCUUGAAGAAUAUCCGGACCUUCCUGACAUCCCUCUGUGAGGUGUUUGGGAUGAAGAAGACUGAUCUGUUCGAGGCCUUUGAUCUGUUUGAUGUCCGGGACUUUGGAAAGGUGAUGGAUACUCUGUCCAUGCUUUCUUACUCCACGGUCGCACAACAGGCAGGAAUCAAGCCCUUUCCAACAGAGGAGAGUCUGAAAGACGAGGAUAUUUACAGUCAUCUGAAGGACCUGAUUGAUGAGAACGUUCUAGAGGAUGAGGAAGAGUUGUAUGCUCCAGUCUACGGGUUGGAUGACACCGAUGAAGGAGGAGAGAUCUAUGAAGACCUGAUGAGGACUGAACAGCACCCUACACUGAAGCAGGCUGAGAAUGUUAGAAGCUGCUGCCUCUCAGAGAUCAAACAAACAGAGGAGAGAUACACAGAGACCCUGGAGUCUAUAGAGAAGUACUUUUUGAAUCCACUGAAGAAAUUUUUCACUGCGUCAGAAAUCGACAAGGUUUUCAUCAACAUCCCUGACCUGGUGAAAGUCCAUAAGAGUCUGAUGGUGGAGGUGCAAGAGUCCAUUCUCAACAAGAACGCCUUAAACCUCUACCAGGUCUUCAUUGCCUAUAAGGACAGGCUACUCAUUUAUGGAAUCUACUGCAGCCACGUUGAGAUAUCCAUCACAGUGUUGGACUUUAUUUGUAAGGAGAAAGAGGACGUACGACUAAAGCUAGAGGAAUGUUCUAAAAGAGCCAACAAUGGGAAGUUCACUCUGAGAGAUCUACUGGUUGUUCCCAUGCAGAGAGUCCUCAAGUACCAUCUCCUACUACAGGAGCUGGUCAAACACACCCCCGACGCAGCCGACAAGAACAACCUGAAGAUGGCUCUGGAUGCCAUGAAGGACUUGGCUCAGUAUGUCAACGAGGUGAAGAGAGACAAGGAGACUCUGAAGGAGAUCAACCAGUAUCAACGCUCCAUCGAGAACCUGAACCAGCCCCUGGAGAGCUACGGACGGCCCAAGGGGGACGGAGAGGUCCGAAUGGUGUCUAAUGUUGACAAGAAGAAACAGGACAGACAUAUCUUCCUGUUUGACGGGGCUGUGAUCGUCUGUAAGAGACGAGGAGACAACUAUGAGAUGAAGGAUGUGAUCGAUCUCAACUACUUUAAGAUCACCAACAACCCCACCCAGGAUAGAGAGAGCAAGAAGUGGUUCUAUGGUUUCUACCUGACCCAUCAGCAGGGGCAGAGCGGCUUUGAGUUCUUCUUCAAGACCAAGGAGCUGAAGAAGAAGUGGCUGGACCAGUUUGACAUGGCAAUAUCCAACAUCAGACCAGAGAACUCCAGUAACAACUUCCACCAGUUCAGGAUGCAUACCUUCAUCAGAAUCACUACCUGUAGCUCCUGUCACCUGCUCCUCAGGGGUAUCUUCAACCAGGGCUAUCUCUGUCUGAAGUGUGGACUCGGAGCUCAUAAGGAAUGCCUGGGUAGAGUGGGUGUCUGUGGAAGAACUGAUUCUGCCAAGCUGAGGCCUGAGAGGGCUCCGACGGUGCGGAAACAACCAGACCCAGGUCUCCCUAGGAUGCUGGUGAUCAGAGACUACUGUGGCAUCCCCUCUCCCCAGAGUGCCCCCCCGUUGACCAUCCAUGCUGGGGACAUCAUCGAGCUCAUCUGUGCCGACCUACACAGCUCCUGGUGGCAGGGCAAGAUCUUGGCGACGAGAGAGAUUGGUUCCUUUCCCAGCGAUGCCGUUAGGCCAUGCCCAUGUGUACCCAAACCAGUGGAUUAUUCAGCCCAGCUGUGGUUUGCAGGGCCAAUGGAGAGGCAGGAGGCGACGGUAAAGCUGAUGGACAGAGAGAACAGCACCUACCUGAUCAGACACCGGACCAGAGAGUCUAACGAGUAUGCCAUCAGUAUCAAGUUCAACGACGAAGUCAAACACAUCAAGAUCCUGACAAAGAAUGAAUGCUUUUACAUCGCAGAGACCAGGUUGUUUAAGACUGUGUUGGACCUGGUCGACUACUACAAGCAGCAUUCUCUGAGAGAGGGCUUCAAGAGUCUGGACACAACACUGCAGGUACCAUUCAGGGAGCCAAGCAACGGGAACAACAUGCCCCAAGGCAUCCGGCUCACUGGCACUGUGUUCUCUCCCAGGGUGGUGGGCAUCGCGUUGGCACGCUACGACUUCAGCUCCAGAGACACCAGAGAGCUGUCUCUACAAGAGGGAGACUUAGUCAAGAUCUACACCAAGAUGGCUAACGGCUGGUGGAAGGGAGAGGUCAACGGCAGGGUGGGCUGGUUCCCCUCUACAUAUGUGGAAGAGGAAGACUGAGCUGGUUGAUUAAACCUCAGCUCUCAGGUGACACGGCUAUAGCCCACUCUGCACUAUGGCUCCAGACAUCCUCCAGGUUGUAGAGCCACAGCAUCCUGGCACUCUGAUAGAACUCAGACAAGACAAAAGCCCCAAGCCAGACAGAUGGAAGUAGGAAAUGCCCUCUAUCCUCAUCCAUCCUCACCCUACCUCACCCAUCCUCAACACCCCUCUCCUCACCUCACCCAUCCUCCUCAACACACCCCUCCUCACCUCUCCCAUCCUCACCCCACCCCACCUCAGCCCUCCCCUCCCAUCCUCACCCCUCCUCACCCUUCCUAACCCCUCUCCACCUCAUCCCCUCCUCACCUCACCCAUCUUCACCCCUCCCCAACUCAUCCCCUCCUCACCCCACCCACCCAUCGCUCACCCCUCCCUACCUCAUCCCCUCCUCACUCAUCCCAUCCUCACCCCUCCUCACCCCUCACCCAUCCUCACCCCUCCCCACCUCAUCCCAUCUUCACCCCUCCCCACCUCAUCCCAUCUUCACCCCCCCACCUCAUCCCCUCCUCACCCAUCCCAUCCUCACCCCUCCCCACCUCAUCCCCUCCACCCUUCCUCACACCUUCUCUCCUCUCCCAUCCCCUCCUCACCUCAUCCCUCCUUAUGACCAGCACUGUUUUAUUCUGACUGCACUAUAGACUCCAGACUUAAAGUAGAGACAGUCCCUCCCUGGUUGAGAGUCAAACUUGAUGAAGCUGGUCUUCUCUUACCUUGUGUUGUUAUUGAUAACAUCAUUGGUUAGUCUGACAGAUUAGUCAAUUAUUAAACACUCUUGGCACGAAAGCAAGAGAUUUCUCUGCUUUUCUACACCCACAGUGUUUGAAGACUGUACACAAUGUUGAAGACUUGUUUUGUUGUGCUAAAAUGAUUCCAUUAUGUGACCGGUAUGCUCCCCUUAUAUACAAUGAGUUCCAAAAGUAUUGGGACAGUGAUAUUUGCAUCUGCAUCGCUUGCUGUUUGGGGUUUUAAGGCUGGGUUUCUGUACAGCACUUUGUGACAUCGGCUGACGUGAAAAGGGCUAUGUAAAUACAUUUGAUUGGUCGAUUGAUUUGUUGCUGUUGUUUUGGCUCUGUACUUUAACACUUUGGAUUUUAAAUGAAACCAUGACUGAGGUUCAAUUGCAGACUGUCAGCUUUAAUUUUAGGGUAUUUUCAUCCAUAUCAGGUGAAGCUUUUUUUGACACAAUACAUUAUUUAUCAUUCAUUUCUAUUGGGCACAAAUUAAUCUGAAACACAACCAAAGCAAACAGCAAAUGCAUCCAACAAAUGUGUAGUAGAGUCACAAGCUUGACGUUGCCAUUACUGUGCUAUGAAUAUGGGACCAAAUACUACACCUUCUACUACUUUAAUACACAUAUAAGUGAAUUUGUCCCAAUACUUUUGGUCCAAUAAAAUGGGGGGGGGGAGACUAUGUAGAAAAAGUGCUGUAAUUUCUAAACAGUUUAUCCGAUACGAUUGCAAAAUACCCUCAAAUUAAAGCUGACAGUCUGCAAUUUAACCUCAUUGUAUUUGUUUUGAAAUCCAAAGUGCUGGAGAACAGAGUAAAAAUAACAAAAAAUGUGUUACUGUCCCAAUACUUUUGGAGAUCACUGUAUGACAUUACCUGUUUCCUGUAUAACAGGGUACCCCCCCCUCGAAAAAAAAUGUUAAAUAUUUUUAAAAUUGUUGGAUAUUAAAAAAAACUAUAAAAACACCAGCAAAUCAAAUGAUGUUAUUUUAUCUAUUCCAAACUAUUCCCCAUAAUCGAGAGAAAUAUGUGAUCGUAUAUACAAAUGUAAAAGUGAUAAAGUGUUUGUCAAAUAUG